AUGUCCCUUGCCAAGAAGCGUGGUUGGUGUGACGAAUCCAUGGAUCCACAACAGAGGCAGUUUACCAGCUAUUUCGAUCCGCCGAAUUCAAUAUUUUACAACUCGCAAACUCUAAUGGGGAUACAGGAAGCUGCUCCUAGGUACAGACUUAUUAGCAACGCUGCAUUCCGGGAGCCUGACCAAAGCGACUUUACUCUAACUUCAGAACUAUAUUUCGCCACGAUAACCGACCCCAACAAUAGCCAUGCGUUCAGCUUCAGUGGUACCAUGGAGCACCAACCAUUCCUAGGUCCUCCUGUAGCCCUCCCCUCUAUGGCAAUGGCCGCCAACCGCAAAGUUGAGCUAGAACUUAUGAAUCCCUUUGCACGCAAUCAGGACAGAAGACAUAGGUUUUCCAGAAAUAUUAUUAUACCACCGAUGGACGGAGAAAUUAGCAGUUAUAUAAAAGUAAAGCUUCGAGCACCUAAAAGCCAGCAUAAUGACCAGAACCACUCAAGCGUUAAGCGUGGUUGCUCCAACAACCGAACAGCAAUUCAGCUACAUGCAGGAACAUAUUCACGUCAAGUUAAUGGGGCCUUUCCACUAAUGCUCUCCACCAUACCUCCAGCUGUAGGCAUGCAUAGCGCCUUUCCUGAGGAUCAGCUUGACGGGCAGUGCCUGAAAUUUUCCAUGGCCCAACAUGAUCAAUGUGUAAAGCACGCCGUGGUAGCUUUAAGCGGUAGCUAUUUGCUCGAUUAUAACCCGCAACGAAACCUUCGGGACCGUGUCAACUAUCAUUACGAUAAAGCCAAAGAGAUGAUAAGCGUCGCCCUAAGAAGCAGGCAAAACCAAGCCAUUGGCCAGGGUGACAACCUCGUUGCCGCCAUCAUGUUGCUGCUAGUAGAUGAUUGUGUAAACUGGGAGUUGCGCAUAAACAAUGCUGAACCGAACUGGAUAUUGGCUGCUAGUGCCGCAAGACACGGGUAUGCAAACUGGGUAGCUCUUGCAUGCAUUCUCAGCGAGCUUGUGACUCCCUUAGCGUGCAGGGGAAACCCGAAUGCUUAUGGUUGGCUCCUCGCGGGAACACAGAAGGAGAGUUGGAAGAUCCACGGCGGUACAGGUCUUUGUCCGAAAUUACUUCAUAUAAUCUCGCAGAUCACAUAUCUAUCUAUCUUAGUGAAAGAGGAUUCCUCAAUGGCGCCUAUCUAUGCAGCAAAAGUGAUCAGCGAUGGGCUAAAAACAUUCCAUCAAUGGUCAGAACUUUCUAGUGGGUAUCCAAAUGCCGAGGAGCUGCUCCAAUCAUGCGAUCGAGACGCAAAUGGCAAAGUAACGACUGCCGCAAAAGUGACUGAGCUGACCGGGGAAACCUGGGUUGCUGCUGCCCAAAUAUACCUUCAUUGCCGGCUUUUGAGGAUAAGGGCUGAAAAUGAAUAUAGAAAACCUCGCCAUCACCCAGACGUCCAGAGAACCGCCAAAACUUUAUGGAAGUGUGUCACCCGGAUGCCUUAUUCGGGGAGUUUAUUCACCUCUCAGGCUCCCUUCUGUCCUAUUUUCAUCGCGUCCCUCGUUUCAAUAGAGAAGAAGGACAGGAUGAUAGCCGAGGAGUGGUUUACAACAGUAGGCCUAAAAGGAAAAUGCAGAUCGGUAUGCCAUCUCCGAAGCCCCGAUGUUUUCCUAUACUACCCAGUUUCCAAUCCUUCCCACACCUCCCAAUAUGUGAAGAAGCAUCAAUUGAUAAACUAA